UUUUGUUUUUAGAUUUUAGUUUGCGUUGUGUGCUGUUUAUUUCCUGACACAAUGCAUCUACAUACUCUAGGAUUUUGCUUUUCUGUUUUAUUGUUGCUUCAAAUAGUUGUUGGUCAAGCUGAUUAUGGCACAGCACUUACAAAAUCUAUAUUGUAUUAUGAGGCUCAAAGAUCUGGAAAGUUACCUACUACUCAGAGAGUCACAUGGAGAGGCGAUUCCGGUCUAAAAGAUGGUAGCGACGCUGGUCUUGAUCUUACUGGAGGAUAUUAUGACGCUGGAGACAACGUGAAAUUUGGGUUUCCAAUGGCAUUCACAAUUACAAUGCUUUCAUGGAGUGUUGUUGAAUAUGCAAGCGAAUUAGAAGCAAAGAAUGAACUUUCGAAUGCCUUGGAUGCAAUUAAAUGGGGGACUGAUUACUUGUUGAAAGCUCAUGUUCAUAGCGAGACAGACGGAACAGAUACUCUUUACGGUCAAGUUGGAGAAGCUCAACCUGACCACAAUUGCUGGGAGAGGCCAGAAGACAUGGAUACACCAAGGAAUGCUUAUAUGAUUAGUGCUGAGCAUCCUGGUGCUGAUUUAGCUGGUGAAACCUCGGCUGCCUUUGCUGCUGCAUCCAUCGUUUUUAAGACAUCUGAUCCUAGUUAUUCUGCUGAACUUCUAAAGCGCGCUACACAGCUCUACAAUUUUGCUCGCAAUAACCAUGGACUGUACCAUUUAAGCAUCCCAGGAGCAGAUCAAUUUUAUCCAAGUAGUGGAUUUGAGGAUGAAUUAUCAUGGGCGGCCAGUUGGCUUUACCGUGCCACAGAGGAACAAACGUACUUAGGUUUCCUUCUGUCAGUAGAAACUGGUUGGAUUCAUCACACAUUUUGUUGGGAUAAUAAGUUCACAGGCGUGCAAGUCCUAAUGGCAAAGCUUGUUUUGGAGGGGAAAGUAAAAGACUCUGAUAAAGCUCAAGUAUAUAAAAGUAAUGCCGAAGACUUUGUAUGUGCAGUCAUUCAGAAGGGUAACGACAAUAUUCAAAUGUCUGGAGGAGGAUCACUCUAUUGGCAACCUUGGAAUAACGUUCAGUACAUUACUGCCGGCCUUUUUAUCAUCACUGUUUAUUCCGACUACUUAAGGUCCGCUAAUUCCAAUCUCAACUGCCAAAACGAUGAAGCUACUCCUGAUGAACUUAACGAUUUUGUCAAAUCACAGGUGGACUACAUUUUAGGUUCAAACCCAAUAAAAAUGAGUUACAUGGUGGGCAUGGGAUCAAAUUAUCCACAAAAUGUUCAUCACAGAGGGGCUUCAAUUGUUUCGAUCAAGACAGAUUCAACACCAGUGACUUGUAAAGGAGGUUAUGACAUCUGGUUUAACAAAGAUGCACCAAAUCCAAAUGUUUUGGAAGGUGGACUUGUUUCGAGUAAUCUGCAAGAUACAUACGAGGACUCAAGAAGUAACUUCCAACAAGCCGAACCCGCAACCGCCAACACAGCUCCAUUGGUUGGUGUUUUAGCAAGACUAGCCUAGUUGGUUGUUGAUGUAUUUUUACUUCUUUUAUUU